CUUGAUUGGGGGCGUGAUUAUGGAAAAACUAAAAGUCGAAUUUUAACAGAAUAUAGAUUCCGGUAUAAAUAUGUACUUAUUGUCCUUCUUCUGAACGAUUUAUUUCUAGAGUUCAUUUGUGUUUUGUUGAUAUUGAUGUUGUUUUAUAUAUGUUUUUUAAUUUUUUUCAAAAUUACUUUAUAUUAUUAUUUUUAGUUUGUUUUGUUUAGUAAGAUCAUUGUCAUUGAAACGUUUAAAACUAUGGGACGAGAACACUCCCGAUCUAGGUCAACUACGUCAUAUUUUCUGAAGUAAACACUUCUUGUAGUAUCUUUCAUUCUCGAUUCUGCUUUUGAAAUUGAUGGACGUUCGUUGAUUUUACAAUGAUAGAAAAAUGUGGAGAUUCAUAAUGGAUGCGUGGUUUUUGUUUCUUAGUAUCGUGUAUUUGACCAGCAAUGAAGUGGAGGCGGGGCAGAAAAUUUAUGCUUUUGAUCGGAAAAAAUACUGUCCUGAAGGUGGAGCUUUCACCGAGUCUUUGAUGCUAAAUGAUGAAGUUGUCCUUCUGGCCAAAUCGGGGUCAGAUUCCAACCUACUAGACAAAAUUAAAAGUUUCAUUUCCGGACCUGUAACAGAAUGUGAAAUGAAGUUCAUGACUUCAUCUUUUGAUUCGAACUUAAAGCAAGCCCUGCAGAUAGAAUUUGAGAGUUUUAACAUUGCUAAGGAUGCCUGUGAUGUUAGGCUUGAUAUCCAUCAAAGCUCUUCUCAGUUCUUCUCCAAAGAUGUUUCACAAAUGGCGAGUUUGACGUGCGGCAGUCCCACACCCCCAGUUCUGUACACAGAGGAAGGGUUCGUAGCCCGCUUCCAGUUCUACAGACCGGAAGAUGACAAGAAAUACUUCCAUUUUAAAAUAAACAUCAAACGCUCAGAUGGUAUCCCUAAGGAGGAGAGCAUGUCUGUGGGGGUGAAGAUCGGAGUGACUGUUAUUGCUGUCGCAGCAGCCAUUACACUUCUGCUUCUUGUCUACAAGUUUAUUAAACUUCGAUGUGAGACCAAAGACAUUGAAAAUACUACACAGAGCUCACAUCACGGAAGUGACCCAGAUGAGGUGGAAAAUCUUCGUGAUUACAACGAUGACAACUUUGUGAUGACGGAUUUCCCGUAUGCCAACAUGCCUCUAGUCAUCCUGAACGAAGAUGACGCACCCCCCGACUAUAAAGACAUAGCUCCCCCAGCUUAUGAACAGGCUCUAAAAAUGCCUAAAGCAAUCGAGGCCCAAGAUGAGGCAACAUACAGCAAUAUCGAGACGUUAAACAAUGACUCCAAUCUGAUGAGCAACAGUGCAACAAGUCAAAGCAGCAUCACAGGCAACACAGAGGUAGCAAGAAAUCAAUCAAAUAGCAACGUGGAUUCAGAUUCAAGUCAGUCAGAUUUGGCUAGCGGUGCAGAGGAAGGAAGAAGUCCACCUGAUUUAGCAACCAGCAACACUCCAUUACACAGAACAAAAUAAAAAAAAAACAGAGAUGGUACUAGUCGGUCAUAUAGCAUUGUGCAAAUUUAAUAGAUAUAUCAAAAGAGAGAUAGUCAUCUCUAUUCAUGUCUUAUGAGAUGAAAUCAGCAGAGACAGUUUUUAUUUUAUAAACAUCAAAGAGGUGGAUAAAUCGGCAUUAAUUGUCCCAGUACAUAUUAUAUAAAAUGAGGAGAAAAUUACUCUUAUUGCUGUUGAUAUUAUUUUGUAAUCAUACAAAGUAAUCAAUACUAGGGUGUUAUAUAGAACUUGCUUGUCAUAGUUAGCACAAAAUCAGAUAACUGGUCAUGUAGAAGUUUGUAUGACAGGAAAAUUACAUGACAGUCACUGGUAAUUUGUUUUGAUUAAUUAUGCUUCUCUGUUAAUUACGAGGAAGUUUUUCUUAUAUAAUUUUAUCCACAGAUAAAAAAAAUUGUUGUAGAUGAUGCAUCGAAUUCGAUUCAAUGUUAUCAGUGAGUAGUAGAACUAAAUCAUGCAUGUUGUAAACCAGAAGUAACACAAUAGCAAGGUAUAGAAAAAGUCAUGGGCAUUAAUUAUGCAGUGAUAGCUAAAAAUUAUCUAAUUUUAAAUUGUGCAUUGGGUAGCCAGGGUAUGUUUUCUAUGUAUUUUUAUUCUGUGGAUUGGGUAGCCAGUGUACAUUUUGCUCUUGUCUUCCACAUGUUGGAAGCUUGUGGAAUGGUGCUGAUCCCUGGGCAGAAACUGCUCCCAACUUAUUGUAGUACACACAGCCUGAAGUACCCCGUGUUGUACCUCGAUUGUGUUUAUACGAUAUACAUGAUAUUGAACAUGUAUAUCACACCAACCAUUAAUUAUACACCUGAGUGAUCCACACCAUUAAUUAUACACCUGAGUGAUCCACACCAUUAAUUAUACACCUGAGUGAUCCACACCAUUAAUUAUACACCUGAGUGGUCCAAUGUGAAAUUUUGUCUCUCUUUCAAUUGAUGAUGUACAUGCAUGUACACCAUUUAUUUCCACCUGUAUACAGGUGUGUGUAUUUAUUUCCACCUGUAUACAGGUGUGUGUAUUUAUUUCCACCUGUAUACAGGUGUGUGUAUUUAUUACCACCUGUACACCGAUGUGUGUAUUUAUUUUCACCUGUACACUGGCUUGUGUAUUUAUUACUACCUGUACACAGGUGUGUGUAUUUAUUACCACCUGUACACCGUUGUGUGUAUUUAUUACUACCUGUAUACAGGUGUGUGUAUUUAUUUUCACCUGUAUACAGGUGUGUGUAUUUAUUUCCACCUGUACACAGGUGUGUGUAUUUAUUACCACCUGUACACAGGUGUGUGUAUUUAUUUUCACCUGUACACUGGCUUGUGUAUUUAUUACUACCUGUACACAGGUGAGUAACAGCUACUUAACAUGACCCCUGCACGCGGUCCACGUCUACAGUGUGAUGUAUUGUUUAUAGGUUGUGUAUGUUAUGAUACCCGUUUGUGAGCAUUUUUGUACUAGGUGUAUGCUGUGAUUUUGUUUUCAUAAGAUAUAUGUUAAAUGUAUGAUUAUUAAAUCAUUAUUUUGAGGACAUUGUUUUCAAAGGUUGAAUAAUGCGUAACUUUUGUCCCAUUUUGAUAUGAGAUGUGUCUCUUCGUGUGUCAUUUUGAUAUGAGAUGUGUCUCUUCGUGCGUCAUUUUGACUGAUAAACCCCUUGCUUCCUGAUACAUUUCAUCCACUAUAUACUCUUACCUUCAACUAGUUUUCAGUUGUGAAUGAGCCGGCUUUUCCUAUGAACACUGUCUGUGUUAGCAUACAUGUAUUAGCUCAACUACAUACAUAAUUAAAGUGUCAUGGUAGCCACACUGUGCAUGUUCCUAGGCUUCACAUCAACAUCAAAUGCACUUUGAAUUGAUUAUGUGAGCUUGGAAAAUCCCUUGCUUGUUAAAUGCUAUUCAGUUUUUACAAACUGUUUUUAUACACAGUAUGAAUUUUUAAAAUGUGAAUCUGUAUGAAUGUGUUUUAUUCAAGAAGUGCUCCUUUUCCCCAAACAUUUAUGCCUUGGAUACUUGAUGACAUGGCUGUGUAUAGUACUUAGGUGUAGAACUUUGAGGACUAUAUUUUGAGUGUUUUUAGUGAUUUGCCUGCUGUUCUAAUGAUAAACAGCUACGUAGUUAUUUUUCCUUUCCUCUAUAUUAACCUCUCUGUACCUUUUUCAUUGUUUUCUACCUGUCCUUACAACAUGUGGUAGAGGCUGCUUUGUGGUGUUUACUGUACGUUAUAGUUUAUUUUCUGAUUAACAUUAAUUUGGCAAUUAUUAGUCAUAGUUGUUAUGUAUUUUAUCUUAAACAUAGUCAUAAUAUUCAAAUGACAUUGUAAUAUUUUUUUUUACUAUGUAUUUAUGCUUGUCAACUUUUUUUUACACUGUUUACAUUUUAUCAUGCAUCAUCUUCAAUAUGAUAAAUCAUGCUUAUCUUGCAUUGUGGCCACAGUCUGAUUAGAAUUUGAAAAAAACUUGAUUGUCCGUAUAUCAAGCGAAGCGAGAGGUUUGAUUUUAAUCGGACUGUAUUGGCCGCUGUAAAUACAAAUGUCUAUAUUGUUUUCAAGUUUUGUCGUUCACUUUAGUGUGAAACCAUGGUGGUCUCUAAACAUCUGGGUACCCUUAGUGUACUGUAAAAGUGCUUAUUUACGUGUUUGGGGGGGGGGGUGUACACUAAUUACGCAACUGUGUAAUUAAGCACGUAAAUUGUAAAUUCCCCCCCCCCCUCCUCCUCAGUUACAUAUUUUUUCCUAACGUAAUGUUGGACGUGGAAGAAUGUGUACUCAACCAUCAGCAUAAAUAACCACUUCUACAGUUUAUAUAAUGUCUAGUAUAAGUAUAAAGAGUGCCCAGGCAUUCUGAGGAUCCAUGAUGUCAUAUUAAUAAAACGUUCUUUCAAAAUUUCAGAUGUAAGCAAUUUAUACAUUCAGUGUCCUUGAAUUAUGGAAUUCCAAUGUAAAUCUCUCUCAUUCCGUAUAGGCUCAGUGUGCCUCUGAAGGUGUUGUGUACUGAAUUAGUAAAGACAGCGGUGUAGUAACUGCUUGUGAUGAAGGUUCUGCUUAAAUCAACAUGCAUUAAUAUUCAUCAGUCAUCAUAUAAUAGUAUGCAUUAAUAAUCAUCAGUCAUCAUACACAGUAUGCAUUAAUAUUCAUUAGUCAUCAUACACAGUGUGCAUUAAUAUUCAUUAGUCAUACACAGUCUACAUUAAUAUCCAUCAGUCAUCAUACACAGUAUACAUUAAUAUUCAUCAGUCAUCAUACACAGUAUACAUUAAUAUUCAUCAUACACAGUUACAUUAAUAUCCAUCAUACACAGUAUACAUCAAUAUCCAUCAGUCAUCAUACACAGUAUACAUCAAUAUCCAUCAGUCAUCAUACACAGUAUACAUUAAUAUUCAUCAUACACAGUUACAUUAAUAUUCAUCAUACACAGUUACAUUAAUAUUCAUCAUACACGGUAUACAUUAAUAUCCAUCAGUCAUCAUACACAGUGUGCAUUAAUAUUCAUUAGUCAUACACAGUAUACAUUAAUAUUCAUCAUCAAUAUUCUUCAGUCAUCAUACAGAGUAUGCAUUAAUAUUCAUCAUACACAGUUACAUUAAUAUUCAUCAUACACAGUAUGCAUCAAUAUUCAUCAGUCAUCAUACACGGUAUACAUUGAUUGUAUCGUUCACCAGAACGUUUGUCUUCUAUGAAGGAACACAACAGUAAUCCUCGGAUAGUCAGAAUGUGUUCGAAUGCUUUUUUAUAUAGAUGUAUAAUUAAAAUGUAAUGAAAACAAUGCAAGUCAGAACAUAUUGUAAUGUGUUUUUAUAGAAUUAACGAUAAAAUGCCUUGGUCUUUCAGAAAUGCCAUAUUUCUGAAA